UUGUCACAGAAGAAGAAGGAAAGCUUCCGAUCGAUGACGAUGGCGAUAUGCUAAUAGCCUCCAUCGCUCUCUGACUACUCUCUCUCUCUCUCUCUCUCUCUUCGUUCUUCCCUUCCUUAUCUUGGCGCUCUUCGCGCCGCUUUCUUCUCCGGAUGAAUCGCAGCGCAGAGAGAUGAAUCAGUGCUCCCCCUUCGCCCCUCCCUUGCUUGCUCGUUGAGCUUCCGCGGAUUGGACGAACGCGUCCGGACGACGGGCAGCGCCGAAUCGUUGAUCGGACGCCCUCGUCGGGGGCAUUCGGGCAUUCGUCGAGUUGCGGUAUUUGGGCUUCUCUUCUGAUGCGAUUGAAUUGGGGGGUAUUGAGCUGCGAUUCUGGUGGAUUCGGUGUAAUCGGACGUGGUAUCAGUAAGUCAAGUUGUUCUCGUUUCUUGUCCGUGUUGGGGCAAAUGGAAGGGAAUGGGAGUUCGAGUUUGGUUUUGUGAGUCCUGGGGUUAAGAGCGUUGGAGUGGAGGUUGCUAGUCCUAGAAUCGGUGGGGCUGGGUUUUAGGAUCGAGGGGGGGCUUUCGGGAUCACGUAGAGCGGGGACGCUUUCGAGAUGGCGGUGGCAAGCAAGACCAGGAAUAUGUUGGAGGGUCUGGUGAGGGAAGGUUCGUUCAAGUGGUUGAUUGGGAACCGGACCUUGUUCGGUGAAGAAUUCGAAGAAAUGGGGAAGUCUCCGUCGGCUCAAAGGAACUGGAUACCGGAGCUGUCCCCGAUAGCGAAUAUCGUCGUUCGCCGAUGCUCAAAAGUCCUCGGUACUCCGACGGUUGAGCUUCAGGGGAGCUUCAACAAAGAGGCUUCUGAUUCUGUAAAGCAUCCAUCGGUCUACGCGAGGAACUUUUUGGAAUAUUGUUGCUUCAGGACACUUGCACUCUCUAUUCAAGUAACCAGCCAUCUGGCUGAUAAAAAAUUCCGGCGCCUAACAUAUGACAUGAUGGUAGCUUGGGAAACACCCGGUGCCAGUGAAUCUUUAGUUCACGAAGGUGAGGAUGUUACUGUCGGUGUACAAGCUUUCUCCCGUAUAGCUCCAGCUGUCCCUAUUAUUGCAAAUGUCGUUAUUAGUGAAAACCUUUUUGAAGUGCUCACCGCUUCUACGGGUGGUCGGCUUCAAUUUUUUGUCUAUGAUAAGUACCUUACAGGUCUGGAAAGGGCUAUAAAAAAAUUGAAGUCCCAGUCAGAAUCAUCCCUCCUUUCAGGCGUUCGAUCUUCUAAAGGAGAGAAGAUUCUCGAAGUGGAUGGAACCGUAACAACACAACCAGUUCUUGAACAUGUAGGAAUGUCUACAUGGCCUGGUCGUUUAACACUGACUGAUCAUGCCCUUUAUUUUGAACCACUUCGGAUGGUAUCUUAUGACGAUGCCAAAAAGUAUGACUUAUCAGAUGAUCUGAAACAGAUUGUCAAGCCUGAGUUGACUGGACCAUGGGGCACUAGGUUGUUUGACAAGGCAAUCAUGUACAAAUCAACAUCAUUAUUGGAACCUGUUGUCAUGGAGUUUCCUGAACUCAAAGGACAUGCUCGUCGUGACUAUUGGUUGGCAAUAGUCCGGGAGAUUUUAUAUGCACACCGCUUUAUUAAGAAAUUCAAGAUCACUGGAGUGGAACGAGAUGAAGCACUUUCAAUGGCUGUACUCGGAAUCUUACGGAUACAGGCCAUUAGAGAAAUUAGUUCCUCAGUCCCUCUUCACUGCAAGGAUCUUCUCAUUUUUAAUCUCUGUGAUCAACUUCCUGGUGGAGACUUAAUACUGGAAGCUCUUGCAAACAGGUCGUCCAUGAGGGAACUAGACCGUACUAAUAGUUACAAUGAUGGGGGUGGUGGGAUGUAUUCCGUUUCCUCGCUCGCCAUGAUCUCUAGCCUUGGGUUCUUUGGGAGUGGUUCUAAUAACAUAAAUGAAACAGGACUUGUUGUUGGCGAGAUUGCUGUGGGGGAAAUCAGUUCGUUAGAAAGAGUGGUGAAAGAAUCUAGAAACAGCUAUAAAAAGGUGGUGGUGGCACAAGCAACUGUUGAUGAAGUUAAAGUGGAUGGGAUUGAUACCAACAUGGCAGUCAUGAAGGAGCUACUGUAUCCUCUCAUUGAAGUUGGCAAGUGGUUUCUUUCUCUGGCAUAUUGGGAUAAUCCUUUUCACUCUUCCAUCUUCUGUUUGGCCAUCACGUAUGUCAUUUGCAGGGGAUUGCUCGGUUAUGCCUUUGCAUUUGGGCUCGUGUUUCUUGCAGUUUUCAUGGUACUUAAUAAGUACCUUAGUGGAGGGAAAUCGAUUCAUGAAGUUAAGGUGAUAGCCCCUCCUGCGAUGAACACAAUGGAGCAGCUUUUGGCUGUUCAAAAUGCAAUUUCCCAAGCUGAAGAAUUCAUCCAGGACACAAACAUAGUCCUCCUGAAAUUACGUGGCUUAAUGAUGUCCAUUUACCCUCAGGCAAGUGAGAAAUUUUCAGUAGCUCUCUUUCUGUCGGCGCUGGUGCUCAUUCUUGUUCCCAGUAAGUACAUAUUGUUAAUGGUUUUCUUGGAGACUUUUACGAGAUAUUCUCCUCUACGGAAAGCAAAUACUGAGAGAUGGAUGAGGAGGUUGAGAGAGUGGUGGUUCAGUAUACCAGCAGCUCCCGUUGUUCUUGAACGAGAGAAGGAAGAUAAGAAGAGAAAGUGAUGGUGUGAGGAUAUGUAUAGGUGUUAGAAUGCAGGUAAGUUUUCUGUUAAGGAGUUCCUGUACAUUGGAAAAAAAGAAGGGAAGUCUGCACGAGAUAAAUCAUGAAUCUGUCUAGUUGCUGUAUAUACUUGAAAGUGCUUCGGCUUCUGCUGACGUUAUUGCACUUUUAUCCAAUCUUCAACGAAGUGGGAAUAUAACAAGCUUUUAACAUAUGGCUUUUCUGCUA